AUGCCUCUCUACUUUGCCAACUUCCAUAAGACCUACAAGAGCCCAUAUAGACCUUUUUGGGGACUUCGUGUGAUUGAGAAACCCCAAGUUGUCGCCAGGAUGCCCAUCUUUCCGCUGUAUACUCUGGACUAUGUGCCAUCAGUUCCCAUUUAUGGCCGAUUGGCUCACUGGAUCAAAGAGUGGGAUUUGAAUGUCGAUAACAAGGCCGUCGGUCUGGAUCUCAAACUGCUGAUCGGAUACUGA